AAAACGCAAGUCAAUCGUAAUUCAUAAUAAAACCCGAUUAUUUCUUUAAUUUUUGGUUUCAACGUUAAUAUGGUUGGUUUUAACAUGGACGGGCCGGCGAGAGACCGAGUACUGAGACUGAUGGAGGAGAAGGAUAGACUGGAGAGAGAGAUUCACGACCACACGGCGGUGUUGGAAACCAACAAUGUUGGUAUGCACGACUCGCUGGUUGACGCUGAUGGGUUUCCGCGGAAUGAUAUAGAUGUGUACAAAGUGCGACAUGCUCGGCAUCAGAUCAUAUGUCUCCAGAAUGACCACAAAGCCCUAAUGAGGAGAAUAGAGCAGGGGUUGGCUGAGGUACACGCAGACCUCAUGGGGUCCACUGGGGAAGGAUCCGCAGCUCAAGCUCUUGAAUCCCUGCACAUGAACGGAAAUGGGACACAUCAUCAAGCCGAUAGCCCUAUGGAGGUGGAAGAUGAGCGGCAGGUGUUUGCAAGGGUUUCUUUUGUGCAUAAUGGGUCUCCAGCUGAUGAUGCAGGCUUGUGUGUCGGCGACGAGGUGAUCCAGUUCGGAUCCAUCACGGCGCAGAACUUCAACGACAUGUCGCAGGUGCACGACGUCGUGUCGCACUCCGUGGGCCAGCGUCUACAGGUACGCGUGCGUCGCGCGCGGCUGGUGCUGAACCUGUCGGUGGUGCCGCGGCCGUGGGCGCAGCCCGGCCUGCUCGGCUGCCAGAUCAACAGGAUCGCCUAGGCCUAGGAGCCCUACGGAAGAGCAUCGUGCGAACACUGCCUGGAAUAUUGCGGCCUUUGUGUUUGCCUCUGUUGUCUCAAAAUUCAUUUAAAAUAAACGAAUGUAUUUGAAUUGGUGCGGAUAAAA